CUCCAUUGAAUUUCUCAAAUACUUUCUUUUCUCUACUAUAAAUAUAAUCCAAAUUUGCACAUUAUUCCAAAUGAGAAACAAUCAAAAUGAGAAACCUAAGAUCACAAGCCUUCACAAAGAAAGAAAAUGACACAAUUGGUCGAAUCAAACCGAUAGGUCGUUGCAAAAAACAUCCAAAACACAACCAAUCACCUGGCGUGUGUUCUCUUUGUUUAAGUGAAAAGCUUAUUCAACUUUCUUCUUUUAGCAAACAAAGAAAAUUCUUAGUUCUUGCUAAUGAUCAUAGUUCUAAUUCAAGUUCCUCUUGUUCUUCUUCCUAUGUUUCUUCAUUGUCUUCAUCUUCUGUUUCUUCUCGUGCUUCUCCUUUGCAUUGUUUUUGUUUUAAUAGUGAUGGAAAGAGUACCUCAUUAUCGAUCUUCUUGGUUCGUGGCCAAAAUGAAAUUAUAAAGAACAAGUCAUUUGGAAGAAGAAAAUGUGAAGAUGCUGUUGGACAUGGAAAUAAAACAUGUGGAUUUUGGUUCAAGUUGUUUCAUGUUAAAAGAAAGAGAAUUGAAGGUUAAUCUCAAAAGAGAGAGAAAAAAGAAGAUGGUUCCUUAAUGAACUUUAAUUUCAUCAUCAAAUGUUAGCUAAGAGAUGAAAAAGUUGACAGAUAUAUACAUCAAACAGAUUAGGAUUAGGAACAGGCAAUUUACCACUUCAUUACAACUUAAAUACGUUCUAUUGUUUAGAAUUUAGAUUAUUUUAUUCUUGUGUGUGAAUAUAUUCUUGUUAAUAUUUUUUUUUGGUUGCAUAAACAUGAAGAAAUCAUGUGCAAUUUAAAAAAAAAAUAGGACAUAGAAAAGUUAUUAUUAAUUCAAAGAAUAUAAUAACUUUUUUUUAAAAGAAAAAUCAAAUUUAAUAUUUUGAACUUACAA